UUUUGGCAUCUACUCAGAGCCCGUCCAGACCCCCCCUUUCCACUACAAGAGGACAGACGCCAAUCUGUGAGCCGGCAGCCUUCAUUCACAUACUCAGAGUGGACAGAGGAUAAAAAUGAGGAUGACUUCCUAGAUUUGGAUCCUGUACCGGAGACUCCGGUCUUUGACUGCGUAAUGGACAUUAAAGCGGAGACAGAUCCAGCCACUCUAACGGUUAAAUCCGUGGGCUUGCAAGAAAGGAGAGGUUCAAAUGUUUCACUCACACUGGAUAUGUGUACCCCAGGCUGUACUGAGCAAGGUUUUGGCUAUGUCAUGUCACCACGGGAACAGUCAGCCCAAGAAUACCUCCAGACAGCAUCAAACAUCCUUACUGAAGAGGAACUGCACAAGAAAGCACUGGAUCCUUUCAUACUCCAGGCAGAGUUCUUUGAAAUUCCAAUGAACUUUGUGGACCCAAAGGAAUAUGAUAUUCCAGGCUUAGUGCGUAAGAAUCGCUACAAAACAAUUCUCCCAAAUCCUCACAGCAGAGUGUGCCUUACCUCAGCUGAACAGGACGACCCCCUUAGCUCUUACAUCAACGCUAACUACAUUAGGGGCUAUGGAGGAGAGGAAAAGGUAUAUAUUGCUACUCAGGGACCGAUAGUUAAUACUGUCAGUGAUUUCUGGAGAAUGGUGUGGCAGGAGCGUUCUCCCAUCAUUGUCAUGAUUACCAAUAUAGAAGAAAUGAAUGAGAAAUGCACAGAAUAUUGGCCAGAGGAGCAAGUCACCUAUGAAGGAAUAGAAAUCACAGUUAACCAAGUCAUACAAGCAGACGAUUACCGUUUAAGGCUCAUCACCCUAAAG